AUGGGUAUCCUACUACUGCUAUUCCUGGUAUUCUUUGCGCCCCUGCUACUCUUUGUUGCAUGGCUUGCAGCUUCAUCCUGCCUGGGGAAUCGCCUCCGUUCUAUACGACCAGGAUUGGAUGGAUACGGAGCAAGCUACCUCCGCACAAUGGCCAAUUCGGGCCCUGCCAUGUCCGAGCAGAUCGAGAUGGACAAUAUGCUAGUCGAACCAGGGACCCAACGACAGUACGAAGAAGACGAUUGA